ACAGACAUUUCUGAUGUCUUUAUUAGUGUCAAAACCACUGCUAGAAAUCACCAAUUACGUCUGCGAAUACUGUUAAACACAUGGAUUUUAUUGGCCAGAGAACAGACACAUAUAUUUACUGAUACAGAUGAUCCUGCAUUAGAUAAAGAAAGAGAAAAUGGUGUGGAGAUAAUCAAUACGAAAUGUCCUCCAAAUCAUUCUCGUCGAGCUCUGUGUUGUAAAAUGGCUAUAGAAUAUGAUACAUUCCUGGCUUCUAAGAAAAGGUGGUUCUGUCAUGUAGAUGAUGAUAACUAUGUUAAUAUACCUCAGUUAGUUAAAUUAUUACGUCAAUAUAAUCAUACACAAGAUUGGUAUUUAGGUAAACCUAGUCUGCGUAAACCUUUAGAAAUAAUGGACAGAAAACAUAGCGGGCAAAAAAUAGCUUUCUGGUUUGGUACUGGUGGUGCUGGAUUAUGUAUAAGUAGAAGUUUGGCCCUGAAAAUGAUGCCAUAUGCCAGUGGUGGUAGAUUGAUGACUAUUGGUGAAUCUAUAAGGUUACCUGAUGAUUGUACUAUGGGUUAUAUAAUUAGUCAUUUAAUGAAAAAACAGCUGACAGUUAUUGAACAGUUUCAUUCUCAUUUAGAAUCUUUAAACUUGAUGUCAAAAAGAGACUUAGUUAAUCAGAUAACAUAUAGUUACAAAUAUCAAGAUAAAACUAAAAAUAUUUUAAAUAUUGACGGUUUUAGUAUAAAACAGGAUCCUACAAGAUUAUGGUCUCUACAUUGUUUCCUGUUUCCAACUUUUCGUGAAUGU